UUCCGUCUUACGUAACCAGUUUUCUUGGCAUGCUGUAGAUGGGAAUAGUGAUCCUCACCUGGAACAUGGAAGCUGCUCCCACACGUUCCUGAAUGACCAAACACCCACCUGGACACUGAACUUCGAUCGACCCCAUCACGUAGACAGAUACGUCCUUUACAACAGAGACAGUGAACUCUGGGGGUUCAUGCUGGAAGCUGAUCAGGACAACAAAAGUCUGGCGUUUGCUUACAAUGACCUCAAUAAAACAAACCAGGGUAUUUACAGAAUCCAGUCUAAUGCUCCUAUGAUACCGGUAUCAAUCGUCAGAAUUGUUGUCACACGUAACGGAACGGACGAGGCCUUUGUGGUACUGUGUGAGGUGGAAAUGUUUGUGUGUCCAGCAGGACACUACGGAAGAGAAUGUGAGAACAGCUGUAACUGCGCUAAGGAAGGAGAAAACUGUUUCAUCAGUACUGGAGGAUGCCCUUCAGGCUGUACUGCAGGCUACCAGGGGGAAGGAUGUAGAACUCCCUGUAGCAAAACAUAUUUUGGACUUAACUGCUCCCAGAAAUGCAACACUAAUUGUGCAGAUCUACUCUGUCAACCAACUAACGGAACGUGCUUGUCUUGUAUAGCAGGCAAAGAGGGAGAGCUGUGUGACAAGGAGCUGAAAAGUCUUGGACCAGGCGAACCUGAUUCUCAUUUAGCAGCCAUUGUGGGAUCAGUGGUCGCCUUCGUUGUACUGGUUACGUUAGCUGUUACUAGUGUGCUUAUCUGGAG